UACUGUAGAUCACUUACGUUUUAGAAUUAUGGGUGCUAGCGAUGAUUCUGACCGCACGUGGAAGCAUUACGUGUGCGGCUCCGCGGCGUCCGUUAUCAACAUACUCGUCACUUUCCCAAUCCAGAAGGUGAUGUUCCGCCAGCAGCUCCACGGCUUUUCGGCCACGCAGUCCUUACUGCAGCUAAAGGGCGAGGGAAGGCACUUACUGUACCGUGGCGUACUGCCUCCGCUGAUGCAGAGGAUCACUACAAUUGGCCUGAUGUUCGGCCUGUACGAGGAGUUCUCGCGCCCUAUGCUCAAAUACACCCAGGACACCCAGAUACCCGAGCAGCUCACCCGCAGCGCUGCCGCGUUUAUGGCCGGAACAUCUGAAGCUGUUAUGGUGCCGUUCGAGCGCGUGCAGACACUGCUUCAGGACCACAAGCAUCACGCUCGCUUCAAGAGCACGUCGCACGCCUUCAAGACCCUGCUGAGGGAUUACGGGGUAAAGGAGUGCUACCGUGGCCUGACGCCUGUCCUGUUUCGAAACGGGCCGUGCAGCAUGCUGUAUUUCGGCCUGCGUGGACCCCUCAAGGAGCUGCUGCCUGAAGCCCAAACCCAGCAGGGUCACCUGCUGAACGAUUUCGUCAGCGGUGCGCUGAUGGGUGGGGGAAUCAGCACGCUGUUCUACCCUAUGAACGUGGUCAAAUCGAGGGCGCAGUCUCAGGUAGGUGGGGAAUUUGUGGGCUUUCCUCGGCUGCUGCACACUGUGCUUAAGGAAAGGAACUGGAGCUUGUUCCAUCUGUACAGAGGGGGCGGCCUAAAUGUUUUGCGUUCCGUUACGUCGUGGGGCAUCAUUACUGCCACUUAUGAAUUUCUAAUGAAGAGCUGGGUACAAUCAUCUAAAGAGCCGAAAAAAUAAAGCAAAAAUAAAUAAAGGAGGGGGGCCGCGGGGAACAUUUGCAGAUUUUUAUAUUUUUAACGCGAGCACAGGUAAUGUAACAAAAGUAAGCUUGUUAGUACACACUAAGAAAAGUAAGUACAGAUUAGUACUUAACCCUUGUGUGGUGUUCGGGUCUGUGGGACCCAUUUACAUUUUUUAUCAAGGAAAAAAUAUACAAUUAAAUAUUAUUUCUAACUUAAACUUAUUGACUUUGGGUCAUUUUGACUUUGGGUCAUAUAUCAGAACACAUUUUUGAUGAACACACACUGUACACCCCCCUACACAUUUAUAUUACAUACAGGAUGUUCGCGUCUACUGGACCCGGGGGUAAUAAAGGUGUGUACCUUCCCUCUGUUCUCCUCCUGUCUGGGUGUGUAGUUUGUGUGUGUUUUGUUUCUGCCCCUGUCGUUCCUGUACAAGGUUUUAAUAUUGUUGUAGAAUUCAAUGGAUACCUGUCAGAAAUUGAAUGCUCUUUUGCCCAAAAAAUGAGCCACCAUGCAUAGCUGCCCAAUGCGAUAAGAAUGCGACUAGGGUUGGCGGAUGGCAGUUUCUCCGGUACAGGACAUCAAGUCUUUUUUUUUUUUUAGCUUUUUAUCUCAGAUUCCGCCCAAAAUAUUAUUCUGAAUUGCACUUAUUUAGAGGGAAGGCCUGUUUUUAGAGAAAAAUUGAUCGAAGAUGGACCUAUUCCAUUUACAUGUGUACAUUUUAGCCAGAUGGAGUCCCUGAGAAAAAUCAAGGAAUGAGAGUUGUCCUGGACAUGACUCACAUGCAAAACUUUUUGUACAUUGCACAAGCUGAGACAGGAGCUCCUAAAAAAAAAGUUGAUCAUGGUAGGAACCAUACAGAAAACAAGCCGGCACUUCUUUCCCAACUGCUGAAUAUAAAGAACAGGUCUGUAAAUUCUUCCAAGUUUGUGUACAUAGCCAACACUUCCCUGGUAUCCUAUGUGGUGCUUAUGAGUACACUGCACAGAAAUGUGCGAAUCUGCAGCCAGGAGCAUCAAAAACCAGAGAUCAUCCUGGGUUAUAAUGCCACAAAAGGAGGGGUGGACAAAAUAACCAAAGAAAACACUAUAUACCUACAUCAAGUACAAGAAGGACAAAUGCAACACACUCAGAGUAAAAUUCUGCCCCUCAUGUGUUGUGUAGUCUUGUAUGUAAAGGCAAUGUGUUCAGUGGGUAUGGUGUGUUGUGUAGACUGACAUGGUUACUUUAUAUUCAGCUUGUGUAAAAAUUCUAAUGAAGUUCAAAUAAAUUAAAAUUAGUUGAGAAAAACAUUGCUUCAUUUGUAAAUUUAAAAAUGAACAAAUUUUCCACUCAUACCAUUUUAAUUCAUUUUCUUUUCCAUUUUAUUAAAAAAAACUAACAGAAAACAAGUAGCACUGUUUAAAACAAAUGUAACAUAAGAAAGGUAAAGGGCAAAUAUUAACAAUAUAAGCUGUUUUUAUUGCUUGUAAUUUAGGUGAAGCAAGCAUCUUUUGAGUAUUUGAAUGUAGAAUCGCAUAAUUUUGCAGAAUUUAAAACAUUAAAAUGCAGCAGGUCCACCAGACCCAUGAACACUGUCUGAGUAACAACAAUAUGAACACCAUACAAGGGUUAAAAGAGUACAAAGCUUGUCGAUGGGGCUGUACCUUAUAUUGAGGUACAAAAAAGUACCUUUCAGUGAAAGUCCUUUUUUGUAUCCAUGUUUUUUAUACCAGUAUAGAUUAUCAUCAACUAAAUAUGUGUCAAGAACUUCAUGAUGCAAAAUUGUCUGGCUUUCAAAUAAAAAAAUGUGCAAAUAAAAUAUAUAUUGUUUAUUAGUACAGUGAUACAGAAUACUGAAUGUACCCUUUGGCUGGUUAAAUGGUACAAAUUUGUACUUAUUGCUGUUAGAAAUGACUUUGUACUUCAGAGGGAACAAAUCUGACCCUGUAAAGACCAAUAUUGUACCAUUAAGGGUACAAUUAUGAAGAGUGUACCUUUGAGUACAAAAAAGUACUCGUUUCGUACCUCUGUUUUUUAGAGUGUAUACAUUUGCAAAUUGUGAUUAAAGUGUUGUAGAGUCCAAAAACAUUUGGCUAAAUAGUGGAAUGCCAAAGUUACUGUGGAUAAAAUAGCAAUGUCAAUAAAAGAAAGAACGAGAAAUAGAGGGGGGGAAAGAGUGAGAGGUAGAGAACUAGACAGAAGGAGAGAUCGAGAACCAGAGAAAAAAAGAAGUAGUAGAGAGAAAAGUAAAAAGGAGAAAGCAAGAAAUAGAGAAGUAGAGAGAAAGAGAAAUACACACAGAGAAAAAGAGUGAAGUAGAGAAAUAGAGAAGUAGAGAGAAAGAAAGAGUGAGAAAUAGAGAAGUAGAGAGAGAAGUAGAGAGAAAGAAAGAGUGAGAAAUAGAGAAGUAGAGAGAAAGAAAGAGUGAGAAAUAAAGAAGUAGAGAGAAAAGUAGAGAAACAAAGAGUGAGAAAUGGCAAAGUAAAGAGAAAGAGAAAUACAGAUGUAGAGAGAGAGAGUGAGAAAAAGCAAUAAUUUCUAAAGUGGUUGCUAAACUAUUGCUUGGCAGUUGCUAACAUAUUCCAGGUGGUUGCUAAGGUGUUGCUUAGUGGUUUCUAGGCAGUUGCUAACAUUUUCCAUGUGGUUGCUAAGCUGUUGCUAACUAGUUGCUAGACAGUAGCUAUAUUUUCUGAAGUGGUUGCUAGGCAGUUGCUAAGGUAUUCCAAGUGAUUGCUAAGGUGUUGCUAAUAGGUGUUUGGGUAGAGUGGUAAAAAGGCUAAUUUUGAAAAGAAAAAUAAAAGCUUCACUCUUCAAUGAAUAUACAGUCAAUGAAUAUACAGCUCUGGAAAAAAAAACAGACCACCUAAAGUUUCUUUGAUUUUAUCAAACUGAAAACUCCAGAAUAUAAUCAAGAGGAAGAUGGAUGAUCACAAGCCAUCAAACCAAGCUGAACUGCUUGAAUUUUUGCACCAGGAGUGGCAUAACGUUAUCCAAAAGCAGUGUGUAAGACUGGUGGAAAAGAACAUGCCAAAAUGCAUGAAAGCUGUGAUUAAAACCCAGGGUUAUUCCACAAAAUAUUGAUUUCUGAACUCUUAAGACUUUAUUAAUAUGAACUUGUUUUCUUUAAUUUCUUUGCAAUAUUUGAGGUCUGAAAGCUCUGCACUGUUUUUGUUAUUAUUUCUCCUUUUUUGCAAAUAAAUGCUCUAAAUGACAAGAUUUUUAUUUGGAAUUUGGGCAAAAUGUUGUCAGUAGUUUAUAGAACAUAAAUAGCAAAAUGAGAGAAACUGAUUCAGAAACUGAAGUGGUCUCUUAUUUUUUUCAAAACUGCAUAUGGAUGGAUGAAUAGCUUAUGGAACUGCUUAAAAAGUUGAAUUAUCAGCUCAUUCUUGUUCAUAGGCUCAUCUUGCUAUGAAAUAGGAAAUGUUUAAAAAAAAAGGAAAAAUAUUUAAGUUUUUCCAUAUAUAUUGUACAAUAAAUAAAAAAUGUGCAUACACACACACACACAUACAUACACACACACACACACACACACAGCUCCUUAGCUCUAGUGACACGCUUUUUAAACUCCCUCUACAUAACCUCUGCUGACAUAAUGGGCUCAAUUAUUGAGCUUGAGUGCCUCUCGAGCCUGACGUCAUGCCUCUGUGGAGUCCUCCAGCUCUGCCAGAGAGCGUACAGUAGCCAGCGGAUGAAGGAAACAACUGGAAACAGCAGUGGAAGACAAAAACAGACAGGAACAGCCUCACAGACAGACAAAAAAUAUUACACACACAGAGAAAGCUUUAGCAGGGCUGCACCGCAGCUUGUUCUAUAAAUCCUUCUGUUUUUUAAGACUACACUGGAGCUGC